AUCACUUCUCUGUGCUUCUCUCUCUAGAGCCGCCAACAUUUCUUUCAUCACUUUUGGGGCCAUAAAUGACCGAUUGCCAAAUGGUUUCUUCAGACUUCACAGCUGAUGAAAGGCUGGAGAUUGAAAGCAUCAAAAUGUAUAAGAAGGACCUUCUGGACGACAUCCAGAAGCUGAAGUUGGAGAUAGACAAUGUCAUGGCAGAAAUACUCAGCUUUGAGUCUACAGAGGAAAACAAAACUAUCGAGAAGAACCAGCGGUUCUUAAACGGGAAGAAGAAAUUCAACAUGGACCCAAAAAAGGGCAUCAAUUUCCUGGUGGAGAACAAGCUGCUGGACGGAACUGCAAAAUCCAUUGCGGAGUUUCUGUACAAGGAGGAGGGACUCAACAAGACGGCCAUCGGAGAGUUUCUCGGAGAGAGGGAAGAGCUUCACCUUCAGACCCUGAAAGCCUUUGUGGAGCUGCACGAGUUCGCUGACCUCCACCUGGUCCUGGCGCUCAGACAGUUCCUGUGGAGUUUCCGUCUGCCCGGUGAAGCUCAGAAAAUUGACCGGAUGAUGGAGGCCUUCGCCACACGCUACUGUGAAUGCAACCCCCAGGUCUUCCAGUCCACAGACACGUGCUACAUCCUGUCAUUUGCCAUAAUCAUGUUGAACACAAGCCUCCACAACCCCAACGUGAAGGACAAAACCACCCUGGAGCGAUUCAUCUCGAUGAACAGAGGGAUCAACAACGGCGAGGAUCUGCCCAACGAGCUUCUCUCCAAACUCUACGAGAGCAUACGCAACGAGCCUUUCAAAAUCCCAGAAGAUGAUGGAAAUGAUCUGACCCACACGUUUUUCAACCCUGACAGAGAAGGCUGGCUCCUUAAACUCGGAGGUCGUGUUAAAACGUGGAAAAGGCGAUGGUUCAUCCUGACAGACAGCUGCCUCUACUACUUCGAGUAUACAGCAGAUAAAGAACCCAGAGGUAUCAUUCCACUAGAAAACCUGAGCGUGAGGGAAGUGCCGUACCCUCGCAAACCGUACUGUCUGGAGCUGUACAACCCCAACAGUCACGGGCAGAAGAUCAAGGCGUGUAAGACGGAGACGGACGGUAGGGUGGUGGAGGGAAAACAUCAGUCCUACACCAUUUGUGCCUCCAGCGCUGAAGAGAGAGACGCCUGGAUUGAGGCCAUCAGGGCGAGUAUCACCAAGGAUCCGUUCUACGACCUGGUCUCGGUCAGGAAGAAGAAGGUGAUAAACCAAACUCCUCCUCAGGACUAAGCACUGCAGGCGUCCCCCGAACUUCUACACUGACGCCGCCGCGGCGCCAGAUUUGCAUUGGCAUUCGUUCAAGGCCGCCUGGAAUAACCUGGUCGCCACAAACGGACAUGAGGGGCACGUGGGAGAUGAACCACACUGACAUUCGGAACUUCUCUUUUCACAAACCGAGUAAAGACUUUGUCAAUAAGGUUGAAAACAAAAUGAAAUGAGUCAGUAUUAGCGUGACAGCCCAAAGGGAAUCCCUCCAGGGUUCCUCUGGAACUUUGCAAUAAGGCUUUUAGUCAAAACAAAAAUGUCUUUAGCUUUUUUGUUGUUGUCACAGAAGUCAGACGCUUUCAGUAGUGAGAACUACCGUUGUGGGCUUGUCUUUAAUGUGACUUUUCACAACCCAGAAGAGGAAUAGCGCAUGUCAUAUCUUAUCAUGAAUGCAAUAAAAAUAUCUCCAUGUCUGCUUUCUCACAGCUUUCACACAGCUCUGACACUCGCAAGGCAACAUCCUUUCACUUUAGCCUGACAGAGUCGACUGAAGAGCUUCACCUAUAAAAUUUGCCAGUUUACACAGAAAUCUUGUGAAAAUUGUAAAUGCGUUUGAGGAAUUAUCUUAUCUUGGUUUGUACUUUAUAGUGUAUGUAAUUAUUAAAGCCAAAAAUGUCAAGAUUGUGCAAUAGAUGUUACCACUCAAAUGUUUCAUUACAAGCUGUAUUGUGUUGCCUAUCAAAAUGUACAUACCUUCUACACUUUAUCUUUGUAACUACAGUAUUGUUGUUUUUUUUGGUGUUCUAGUGAAUUUAUUGUCAAAUUAAAAAUAUUCAGGUAAUAGAAACCAGAGUGAGUUCUUCUC